UAUCCUCCAAUCAAGCAUACGACACUGUGAGCGGAUUCCUUCUCACUCUCUCGCUCUAAAACCAACUGGACGGUCCACGAGGAGAGAGAGAGAAGACUAGCUUAGCUUGAAGCAGAGCUGCCAUGGCGGUCGCGGAGAAGCAGGUGAUGGUGAUCGGGAUCGACGACAGCGAGCACAGCACGUAUGCCCUCGAGUGGAUCCUCGACCACUUCUUCGUCCCCGUCGCCCCCAACUGCCCUUUCAAGCUCUACAUCGUCCACGCCAAACCUACUGCCUCCUCCGCCGUUGGCCUCGCUGGUCCUGGGGCUGCGGAUGUCCUGCCAAUUGUGGAUGCGGAUCUGAAGAAAAUUUCCGCCAGAGUCCUCGAGAAGGCUAAGGAAAUCUGCACCAGUAAAUCGGUGACUGAUGUGGUGCUGGAGGUGGGAGAAGGGGAUGCGAGGAAUGUUCUCUGUGAGGCCGUGGAAAAGCACCACGCAUCCAUACUUGUCGUGGGCAGCCAUGGCUACGGAGCUAUAAGAAGGACUGUUCUGGGCAGUGUAAGUGACUACUGUGCUCAUCAUGCUCACUGCACCGUGAUGAUCGUGAAGAAGCCCAAGACCAAGCACUAGGAGUUUCCGCUCAUGGUUCUGCCGGGAAAUGCAUAUCGAUUGUAUUAGAUGGAUUACUGCCAUUGCCUGUAUAUCGCGUGAAAAGUACAACAUAGCUCUGCAUGAAUAAGGACUGCUGUUCUGUAACUGUUGUCUGAUUUAUAAAUAACUGCUCCAAUAAUUAACUGUGUACUCUAUAAUUACAUGAAUAAGUUGGUGGCUUGCGGAUUCGUCCAAUGUCUCCAACCCUUUUUAUGAUUCAA